AUGUCCGCCUUCCCCCCCCAGCGGACGGUAGCCUCGAUGCCCGUCUCCCAAAACAUCGCGCUCAAGUACCUCUCAACCUACCUCGAAGCAGCAAAGAGCUCCCCGCACCUCCUCCCCAACGCCCGCCUCGAGCCGUCCGGGCCGACCGCCGGAUCCAGCAACGCCAGCAUCACGAUUCACAACCUGCAGCGGGUCGAGGCCGGUCUGAGGGGAGAGAGGCUGGGCCCGGCCGUGGAGCUGGAGGAGAACAAUGUCCCGAUCGCAGAUGGGAUGGAUGAUGGGACGAACAAGGGAGAGGGCAAUGUGGAGGGGGAGGGGUGGGUGAAUCUAGCUGAAUAUCAGAGGGAUCAGAGCGUUGAAGGUGGCACUGCCGGGGACAACCCCACGGCUGAGGAAAUGGACUCAGAUCUGGAAGCCGGCAACGAGAAGCGCGGGAAGGAUGAGGGUGAAGCUGCAGCGUACGGCGCCAUGGUGUCUGGAGCUGGCGAGGAGGGGCAGAAAGUAAUUGACAAGAAAGCACGAAAAGCCGAGAAGAAAGCCAGGUUGAAGGAGGAGAAGAGGGAUAGAUCACGUAAGAGGGCUGCAAAGAGCGAGCAUUCGGUCUAA